AGCAGCGGCCGGAUGAUCUGUGAGGAGGCAGGAACAACAAAGAGGAGAAAGUACCCGGGUUUUAACCAGCUCCCACACACAAAUACCGCAAAUUAUCGACUCUUCCCCGUAGGGUAACACAGUUUGGUUUGCAUGUGAGGACAAGUGUCAGCCGAGCCAACCAUGGCGAACAAUGCAGAGGAUAUCGAAAACAAUAUGGACCAACAGCAGCCUAACGCAGCCCCAGAACCCCCUCAGCAGCCUCAGGAGGCCGGGGGGACCAGAGCGAGGUCCAGGGGAGGAUCAGGAGCUGGAGGAGGAGGAGGAGGAGGAGGAGGCGGCGGCGAUGAUGGAGGAGGAGGCGGAGGAGGCAACAGUAGCGGCCCGGAGCAGAACGGGCAGCCUCCCGCCACUCGUCCUCCGCUGGUGGUGGAGACUGACGAGGACGAGGACGAAGAGCUGACCUUGAAGUACGGCGCCAAGCACGUCAUCAUGCUGUUCGUCCCCGUGACGCUCUGCAUGGUCGUCGUCGUGGCGACCAUAAAGUCCGUGAGCUUCUACACCCAGAACGACGGCCAGAGACUGAUCUACACACCGUUCCCCGAAGACACAGACACAGUAGCACAGAGAGCAUUAAACUCCAUCCUGAACGCCACCAUCAUGAUCACUGUGAUCAUCGUCAUGACUCUGGUGCUGGUGCUGUUAUACAAGUACCGCUGCUACAAGGUGAUCCAAGGCUGGCUCUUCCUCUCCUCCCUCCUCCUGCUCUUCUUCUUUUCCUACAUCUACCUCAAAGAGGUUUUCAAGACCUACAACGUGGCCAUGGACUACUUCACCCUGGCGAUAAUCAUUUGGAAUUUCGGCGUGGUGGGCAUGAUGUGCAUUCACUGGAAAGGACCUCUGCGGCUCCAGCAGGCCUACCUCAUCAUGAUCAGCGCCCUCAUGGCCCUGGUUUUCAUCAAGUACCUGCCAGAGUGGACCGCCUGGCUCAUAUUAGCCGUCAUCUCCGUCUACGAUCUGCUGGCGGUGCUUUGUCCCAAAGGGCCUCUGAGGAUCCUGGUGGAGACGGCUCAGGAGAGGAACGAACCCAUCUUUCCAGCUCUCAUCUACUCCUCUACGAUGGUUUGGCUCGUCAACAUGGCCGACACCGACAGGCCGAAGAGGAACUCGACAGAAGCAGCUUCGCCCCAACAAGAGACUCAACAAGCCCCGGUGGCGUCUCCGACCCCCUCCAGUCCAUCACAGGACGACGGAGGCUUCACCUCCAACUGGGUGAGCCACCAGGAGCACCAGCUGGGGCCGCUGCAGUCCACCGAGGACAGCCGACGGGAGAUCCAGCAGAUGCCCUCGGCUCGUCCCCCCGCCGAAGACGACGACGAGGAACGGGGCGUCAAGUUGGGCCUCGGAGACUUCAUCUUCUACAGCAUGCUGGUGGGAAAGGCGUCAGCCACGGCCAGCGGCGACUGGAACACCACGCUCGCCUGCUUCGUAGCCAUCCUCAUUGGUUUGUGUCUGACCCUGCUGCUGCUCGCCAUCUUCAAGAAAGCUCUGCCCGCUCUGCCCAUCUCCAUCUUUUUUGGCCUGGUCUUCUACUUCGCCACAGACAACUUGGUACGGCCCUUCAUGGACAAGCUGGCGCUACACCAGUUCUACAUUUAGCAGGACGCUGCCCCGAUAACCCUCACCCACAUAGCGCUCCGGCCAACAACAUGAGAGCGGUCCCUUCACAGCCGGGGAACAAAAGGUCGAUGCAGGGGCCCCUCCCGUCCCCACAUCCCCUCCUAAGACCUCCUGACGCCGGGACACGUUGUUUUUUUUGGUUUUUUUUGUUGUUGCUCUGCCUUUCUUUCUGGCGCCAAGGGAAGGGUUUUCCCCCUACGACAGCUAAACGUUUUAAUUCAGUUUUAAAACCAAGAAGUGACAUUUUCCCGCUCGACUCGGGGCCUCGCCUUCGAUCUCGGCGGCCUCAGCGGGAACAUUUUACCUUUAUUUAUCCAGGGAAGCUUCAGCGCCCUGCUCCACAUCCACACAAACUCUCCAACGACCGGGGCUGUUACAGCGGGUGCCUUGCUCAGGGACACCUCGGCGGUAGCUGUUGAGCAAAGGGAGGCGAUUUCGUUAAACCUCCCUUUUCGAAGACUUUAAACAUCUUUCAUUACACGCGAGCUACCACCGCCCCUCCCCCGCCCCCCCUUCCAAGAUUACAAAAGCCUUCAUCAGACUAACGGACACUCGACGAUGAUAAUAGAUAGAAAUGUGUAGUUUGAUUGUGUUUGAGAUGUCAGUCACCAGAGCGUGCUUUCCUCACUGCUGUUAGGAGUCUGUUUCUUCACUUUAGACACUAAAUUCAAAGCUCUGACGGACAAUUCGCACCCACAAAGAUCACGUGGCUCUUUCUCUUGUGUGGAAAGUGGGAGAAUUUUUCUCUGCAGAAUUGAAUUAUGUGUGUGUGUGCGUGUUGUCACGACACCGACUCGUCACCCUCACGUUUGACUUCACGGCUCCGAGAGGGAGGAAGGAGCUCACGCGCUCACCUGUCGGCCACCGAGCGGUUCUGCUGGAGCAGUCGGAGGUUCAGUGCCUUGCUCAAGGGCAUUUCAGUAGUUGUUGUUGUCAUUACUGUGGGACAGAAAUGUGCUUUUCGUUUCUUCCCCCCCCCAACCGAAAUUCGAAUUCAGUAUUUUUUGUUUUCUUCUCUCUCUCUCAACCUGUCCAGGGAUUGUAACCUGUGAUCCUCCGGUCACAAACUCUGAACCUUUUAGGCUACAGCUGCCCUCAUGACGCUCGCCUGGUGCUGUUUGGAACUAUGCUACAUCAAACACUGAAAUUAUUUCAGCUACACACGAAUACUGUUGUGUUUUUUUUCACGAUAUGCAGAAGAGAAACUUUGUAUUUUUUGAAAUACGGGGGUUAAGUGUUAACCGCGUUCCUGCUUGAUCUUAAAAAGCAUUUUUGGAAAGUGUGAAAACGACGACUGAAAUUAUGUCCUUUCAGUCUUAAUAAAUGAGGGAAUAGAUGUAGUUGAAUUUGAUACUUGAAUUUGCGAACAUUUUUGGAAAGCCUGAUCUCCAUUUAUAAAAAGCUUAACUGAUGUUUUAAAUCUCGUUCAAAAGAAACCAAAAAAAAAAUUUAAAUCAAGACUUGUGAGAGAGACCGUAGAGGAAGACCAGCUGCACUCUUAUGUUGUUGCACUCGAGCUUCACGCUUGCAGAUAAAAGAAUCCAAGAGGGAACAAAAUCGUAAUAUUUGUUCUGAGACUUUUUUUUUCUCUUCCCUUUUUGUUUUUAGGGAAUAUGUUGGGUGACUGGCUUUUUUCUGUCCUUCACAUGCAUAUGUGUGUUAUGCAAGGUUACUCUGAUUCAGAUUUUGUUCUUUUUUUUAUAAUAAACAAUGAAACUGAAAA